AUGUGGAUGAUCUUGUAUUUGAUCAGGGAAAGGUCACCUAUCCAAUCAUAUGCUCCUAAUAUUAGAGAUGAUGUUAGGAUAACAUACUUAGAGAAAGGUCCUGUCAACCAUAUAGACAUGACUUUCCAAGAAGAUCGAGGGGGAAUGAUAAUAGGUAGGGGGUCAAGGGGUGGACAUAUAUUCAUUAAAAUCGGCUUUAGGGAUUGGAAGCACAAAAAGACAUUGAAAUAUCACGUCGGUCUCUUUGAUAGUGCUCAUAAUCAGAGACGACCAAAUGUCACUGAUACUUGUGCUCAAUCACUGAAGGCCAUUGAUGCAAUAUUUUCUACAUAUGGGUUAAGCAUAUAUAGCCUGAGAGGUCAAGGUUCUGAUGGAAUAAGUAAUAUGUCAGUUGUUUUUAUGGCACGUAGGAAUUGUAUGCUUGGUGAUUUUUUCAACAUUCUUGCCGUUAUUCUGAAUUUGCUUAAUAUUGGGGAACUUUCUGGUGGAAGGAGUCAGUUUCAAGAAAUGAGUUUGGCACGCUUAGACGUUCUUAAGAAAAUAUCAAAAAAUGGCAUAAAUUCAGAUAAAAAAUCAAUGGCUAACCUGAGAGACAAUGGUUGGGAUACAUUGUUGAGUAGGGUGAUUGAGUUUUACGUUGAUAGACAUAUUUUAUUGCCCAAUAUGGAGGAUAUUGGUGAUUUGUAUUGUCAUGUGAUAGACUCAAUCUUGCAAAAGUUGAAUGAUCGUUUUCCAGAAACAAUUACUGAGUUCUUUACUUGCAUUUCGUGUUUAAGUCCAAAAGAUUCAUUUGCAGCUUUUGAUAAGGCUAAAUUGAUAUGUCUUGCUCAAUUAUAUCAUUUGGACUUCAAUAAUGAAGAACUUUUAUUAUUUAGACCUCAACUUGACAAGUUUUUUAUACUUGUGAGAAUGGAUGAAGCUUUCUUUAAUCUCGAUACCAUAUCUUAUAUAAAAACAGAGAAUAGGUUUAUAUUAGCUGAUGAAACUUACCACCGAAACUAUUUCCUUGAUCAAUAG